AAUAUUUACUCCUCCGUCGCGCCGACGGUUGCCUGCUGAUUGACGACGUGCGGUGAAAGAAUGUGGAGGGAAACGCCUUUUGUUUUUGCUGCGGGCCUUCUGUGCUUUGUUGUGUGGGCACGUGGAGCGCAAAUCCCCGAUGGGUCCGUGGAGCCUGACUGCGGACAGUAUCCUCUGCCUGCAUGUGUCCGCUCGUUUGAACCAGUCUGUGGGACCGAUGGCGAAACUUACUCCAAUGAGUGCAUGUUGUGUGUCAGCAACAGUGACAUGAAGGUCCACGUCCGUAUCAAGAGCAGGACUGAAUGCUGAAUGGUCAUUUGGCCUGUCCUCUACAACCAGACUGCUAUGGGCUACCACAGACAGAAUAACAGACAAUUAUUUGGCGUUUUGUCAUGACUUUUUUUUUCACCCUUUGUCUUAAUAACCUUGGUCAGCUACAUUGUUGGAAAACUACCUUGCUUUAAUUUUUCAAGUCUUACGUGGAUAUGAAAAUGACCCCAUUAGACCUUUUAAACCGAUCUUAAUCUUGCAACAAUGCUGAAACAGAAAUUGGUCUCCACUCUUGAAUUUGACAUACAUUUUUAAUAUUUCCAUCAUGUGCAAUGCCAUCUUCAUUUGAUCUGCUUAAACCUUUCAAACACACUUAAUAAAAUGCUACUUGGAAGAAAGAAAAAAA